AUGGAGAAUGAAUUUCUUAGUAAAUUCGAGGAUAAUGCGGCCAUUUGUGCAUGGUCGGAGAAGCUACAAUCAGAGAGAGGGGAUAGCUUGGCAGAAGGGUAUAUAUCGGAGUUGCAGGAUUUCACUCGAGUCAAUGUAGUACAGAAUGAGCUGCAAGAGUUGAGAGAUAUUUGGGCUAGUUGGGAUGAAAGGAUCAAGCAGUUGUUUUAUCAAAGCUAUGGUGAUAUAUUCUACUUGCUAGACAUUAGAGUGGCUAAACAUCUAUUCCGAGUUAUGGUGCAGUUUUGGAAUUCUGCUUACAAGUGUUUCACUUUUGGAGAAGUGGAUUUGGUACCUACCAUGAAGGAAUACACUACUCUGCUCAGGUGUCUGAAAAUUCAGGUCAGAAAGACCUAUGCUCAGGUUUUUAGUGGUCAGAAUUUCGUGAAGAAAUUGAUGAGCAUUUCCGGGAUGAGCGAGCCUUGGGUCACUACUCGAAUUCAACAAAAAAGAGAUAGUAAAUGUAUCCCUUGGAAGAAUUUGCGAGACUUGAUUUUGACGCAUCCAGAUGAAAGAAAGAGGGCCGAUAUCUUCGCCUUAAGCAUCUACGGAUUGGUAAUUUUUCCUAAGGCUUUGAGGUAUGUGGAUGAGGCAGUCAUUGGCUUAUUCGAUCGCCUUGAGAAGGGAAUCACACUGGUACUGGUAAUAUUGGCUGAGACGUUCAGAUCUUUAAGCUCAUGUCGGAAGACAGACGAGGGGCGGUUUAUUGGAUGUGCACAAUUAUUGAUGGUAUGGUUUCAUGGGCACUUUUGGAAUAUAUACAAGGUUUCUUAUCGGGUCUUUUUCGAAUGUUAUUCCUCAUUAAAAGAAGAAGCAGCUAUACAAAGGAGAGAGGAUAUCUCGGAGGAGAAGUGGAUGGAAAUUCUUCAAAACCUCCAUGAGGGGGAUAUCGAGUGGAGAGCUUAUUGGAUGGUACUGGAUGAGAUCAUGUAUCGAUGUGGGAACUUUGAUUGGGUGCCACUGUUAGGAAUUUGGGGAGCUAUCGGGUAUACUCCAUUGCUUGCGUUGAGGCAAUAUAAGUCGAGGCAGUUUGUACCCGCGACCUAUAGACUUGCUCAGAGUGAAUUCUCUUUUAAAGGUGUCCACUAUAAAAAGAAAGUACGGGAUCUAUCGGAUGCUUGGAAGCAAACUUGUUGGAUGAAGAAGUUGGCCGUCGGUUCCAUGGUAACGCCUGAGUAUGACGGGUGGUUUAAAAAGAAGGUUAAUGAUAACGUUCCUAGGCCAAGCUUGGAGAAUACUCGACCUAUGGUGGAACAAUUGCAAGUCGCCCCGUCAAAAUUGGAAAUUAAAAAGCAAGACUUCGAGAAGAAGAGUUCAGAGCUUGGGAAAAAGAUUGAACAAUUAGAGGAAGAGAAGAUGCACCGAAGGUUAGACGCUGAUGUCCAGAGGUCAGAGGCCGAGAAGUGGAGAAAAGGAAAAACUAAGGCCGAAGAAGAUCUAGACAGUUUGAAGACUGACUAUAAGAAAUUACGUCUGUCUAUGAGGACUGCGGGACUAGGUAAGGCUUCCGAACAAUGA